AUGGCUGGGAUGGGCUUCAAGGCUAACUUCCAAAAUGGUGAUUCGGUAUUUAUAUCGGCUUUCCCGCUUCUGUUUACCGGGGAUUUACCUCAGCAGAACCAGAACGCAGGGAAUAAGACUCAUAAUGCAGAAUACAGCUGUAGAUAUUGCUUUGUCUACGACAGCGCCCGCGGAGAUCUGCUGCAAGAUGUUCUUUUAAAUGGGAGAUAUCGGGCGCCGACCAAGAUGCUCUACCAGGCGGCUAUGGAAACCGGCACAAAAAGGCCGUACUUCACCAGAUGCUAUCCCAUGUUGGAUCCCCGGCGUUCCAAUCCUAACGAUCCAAUGCAUGCCGAACUCCGUCUAUGCAAGUACUUCUCCGAAGCAUUGAUAGAUGGUAUGCUUUCACCCGUGGGCAUCGUGGCUUACCGUGAGGUGUGGAACGAGGUGGAUGUGCCUUACGGAUGGGGACAGCCUCAAAAUCCUGUUAGCCACAAGGGCUCAAUGGUCUUCAGCGAACACGGCCGUAUGGCGAUUAUGAACCAGUUCGUAUUGAUGCAUCUCUUUAGCAACGAGAACUCUAAGCACCAUACCCAUAAUUCGGACAAGCCAUACCUAAAGGCAGGUAUCGAGAGUAGAAUUAAGUCAAUGUUUUACUCUGCCGGGACAGGUGCGCGCCAACUCAGUGCAAGGCUGUAUAUUCUCCAUACGUCAUAUACACUGGCAAAGACCGUUCAUCUAACGUUGAAGAAAUCGUUGACACGGGAGGAACAAAAGGAGAUGUACAUUGGCGUUUACCAAGACGUCAUCAACUUUGCUACCACCUUUAAUGCGACCACGGCCAUGGGAGAGCAGAAACAUAAAGUCUUUAAACAGCAUGCUGGACAUACAAAUUCCACGAGACGGACUUGCAACCUGGCAAUUUCCAAACAAGUUCAAAAUAUUGUCAAGAAGUACCCCACGCUGAAGGUCCGCUUUCUAGGGCAUGCCCUAGCAGAAGCCGACCAAGACGAUAGCACCGCCUUUGAUAUCGAUGUGAAAAACUCACUAUUCCUAUCGGCAAAGACAAGUCGUCCGCUCACGCUGAAGAGUAUAUCUAACAAGGAGAACAAUCUUCAAGGAUUGAAGCAGUUAUAUAAAGCAGAACAUAAUGUUGAUAUCGAUCACAACAUGAGAGCGAGGAUUCAUUAUUGGCAUUAUUUCACAGGAAAGCCACAUGCGAGUGUCCGUGUAGACGGCCAGCAUGAUUUCACAGUGGUGAUUGGCGGUUUUGUUCGUUUAUUACGUGAAAACAACCCGGUGGGGUUCUAUCGUGUUGAUGCCAUAUUCACUUUGACAAUAGGGUCCUUGCGGAGAGCAUACUUGUCUUUGACGUUGUUACAGAGGGUUGAGGCGGAAGAGGUCGAGCUUACCCCGUUUCCUGUACUUAAACUGGAUCGAGCAGGGUCUAUAGUUGUCGUUGGUAUCAAGGAGCUGUAUCCUGAAAUUCUACACUUUGUCAAGAAGUCUGACGAUUCGUGGUGGUACAACCCCUUCGUCCCGCACUUCAUUUGA